CGGCCGAGUUGAAACGCCUUUGUCCAAGCAAAAUAUUCUGGAGACGAUGCUGCCAAACUAUGCCUCCUUAUAAAUCCAUCGCCUCAAGACCCCAUUUUCCUCCACACAUCUCUCUCUCUCUCGCUCGUGCGUGAGAAGCAAAUUGAGUUCAUUUUCCUCGAGCCCUUAUCAGCGAUGGACAUUGACGCCGUGGCUCAGGAGAGACGACCGAGGCUGCUAGCUCGAGGGUUGGGUUGGGUCCAGACACACCUCGUGAAGUCCAAGGACAAGGCGGUCGACCUCUGGAGGAGCAUCAAGAAGCUCGGACAAGACGACCCGAGAAGAGUGAUCCACUCGCUCAAAGUAGGGUUGGCUCUCACGCUUGUCUCCCUCCUAUACUAGGUGAGGCCCUUCUACGACAGCUACGGGAUUUCAGGAAUGUGGGCUGUGCUCACGGUCGCCGUCGUCUUCGAAUUCACCGUUGGUGCCACCCUAAGCAAAGGUCUGAAUAGAGGUUUUGCAACAUUCUCCGCUGGUGCUUUAGGUGUUGGCGCACAGCAUCUAGCAUGUCUUUUUGGAGAGGAAGGAGAGCCCGUUGUCCUGGGGUUCCUCGUUUUCUUACUAGCUGGAACAGCUACGUUUACCAGAUUCUUUCCCCAGAUAAAGGCAAGAUACGACUACGGUGUCCUGAUAUUCAUCCUCACGUUCAGUAUGGUGUCCAUCUCGGGCUAUCGAGUCGAGAAGCUGCUCGAGCUAGCUCAAGAGAGGCUCUCGACGAUAGUAAUAGGAGGAGCGACCUGCAUAAUCGUGUCCAUUUUCAUUUGCCCGGUCUGGGCCGGCGAAGAUCUUCACAAGCUCAUCAUCCUGCACCUGGAAAAGCUUGCCCUUUUCCUCGAAGGAUUUGGAAGUGAAUAUUUCCAAUCGGUGAAUGAAGAUGAAGCUGUGAUCUCCACAGGUGAGGAGACAUUCCUUCUGGGGUAUAAGAGCAUUCUUACAUCCAAGAACAUGGAAGAAUCAUUGGCGAACUUCGCAAGAUGGGAGCCAGGACACGGGCACUUCCGGUUCUGCCACCCGUGGAAGCAGUACUUGAAGAUCGGAGCACUCGCCCGUCGAUGCGCUUACCAAAUCGAAGCUCUCAAUGGCCACCUCAACUCUGACCUCCAAGCGCCGCCGUCAUUUAAGAAGAGAAUUCAGGAACCAUGCAUGAAGAUUACUUCGGAAUCGAGCAAGGCGUUGGGGAUGCUCGUCUCGGCCAUUAAACUCACCACAGACCCGUCCCUGGCAAGCCUCUACCUGCACAACUCCGAAGUCGCAGUCGACAACCUCAAGAUUCUGCUCAAAACCACGCCAUUGGAGGACACGGAACUGCUUUCGAUUGUCCCAGCCGCUACCGUUGCUUCCGUAUUGAUUCAGGUGGUGAGGUGCGUUGAAGAAAUCUACGAAGCCGUCAACGAGCUUGCCCACUUGGCAAAAUUCAAGAGCCCGCCGAAACUGAAGGUGCCGCUGGAGAAACCGCAAGCGCAAUUGCUGCUACAUCGAGGGGUCGCGAAACCGGUUGUCGAUGUUGCUGGAGACAACGGCGAUGUAGUAGUCACGGUGCUUGAUGACAAAACUCCAGAGGAUGAAAAUGAUUCUCGAGAACAUAAUCCUGACCAAUCCGUGAAACUGUAAAUAUUGGUUGUCGCUAGUUGUGACCUGUGCUUCGAUUAAUUAAGUUUAUGUAAUAAUCGUGCCGUCCAAGAAUGAACUCCAAAAUCUCGGCCUGAAGAGGCGAGAUGACAACUUCCAUUUUACUGCAUUUUCAUUUUCUACUAGUUGGUGUAACUUGCAUGAGGGUUUCACAUAUCAUGUGGAUCUCAGCCCAUGCAAAAAUAAUCAAUAGUAUUGGCCAAUUCAUCAAAGUACUUUGGCAAAAAAUAAAUCUUGAAAUGACAUCGAUA